AUGUUCCAUAUUCUGGAGCGAGAGAUGCAGUGGCGUCGUGAAAACGGACGCCCAGAAGGCUUCGGCAGCUUGCGAGCGCACCGGCCUAUUCUAGCUGUCGGUGCAGAGGAUCCAUUGGAAGACCAAAAGAUGCUGGCUGAUUACUUCCAUGGAACGGAUGGCCUCGGUGGCAUCCACGCCACUCACCCUCACCUCACUGCGACCAAAGCAUAUGAGCACCUCUUCACCCCAACGCUGACUAGCGAAGGGAUCGAGCCUGCAGCGGACUGUACUGGGCCAGACGACCAUGCAUUCAUUUCUUCCAAGCUCCCAGCUCAUAAGGAAAUCCUUCGUGCUCUUCGCGACAAUGAGCCCGACUCCAUCACUCUUGUCGCAGUAGGCCCGCUCACCAACCUGGCCUUGGCAGCGGCAGAAGAUCCCGAGACCUUCCUCCGCGUGAAAGAAGUCGUCGUCAUGGGCGGCGCAAUCAAUCAAGCAGGAAACGUCACACCUAUGGGAGAGUUCAAUGCCUAUGCGGAUGCAGUCGCCGCUGCCCGUAUCUUUGCUCUCACAUCGCCAAACCCGCACACCACAGUUCCAUUCACCAAGAGCGAUAAACUCCCGCCAUACCCAGCGAAGCUCAGUCGUCAGCUAACUCUGCGUCUGUUCCCAUUGGACAUCACACUGCGACACAAUCUCUCAAAGGGCCAGUUCCGUAAGGAGAUCGCCCCUCUUUUGGAAGGUGGCUCCCCACUCGCUGAGUGGGUCGAUGCCUUUAUGGGACACACUUUCAAGACCCUGGAGCGCCUGCACCCGGGUCACGUUGGUGACGAUGCCGAGCUGAGUCUGCACGACCCCGUUUGUGUGUGGUAUGCCAUCACAUCGGAGGACCCCAAGUGGGUCUAUGCGGCGAACUCACCCGAAGAUAUCCGUAUCGAGACCUUGGGCCAGUGGACUCGAGGGAUGUGCGUGGUUGAUCGCCGCAGUCGCCAUCGCAUUGAGGGCGAUGAGGAGAGUGCGAGUGACCACGGUCUCUGGCUGAGCGGCCGUGCGGGUAACCGUAUUUGGCGAAUGGAUGGAUCUCCUGCUGAGGGCAACUUUGGAGACAUCAUUAUCAAGAGGGUCUUCGGCUAA